AUGGCGUACGACAUUGACAUCGAGAGCGCAAUGGCACUAGGUACCAGAUGCCGGUAUGGACUGCGUCACCUUGCACUUCGCUUUGAACAUCAACACAUCAGAGAUGGCCAUAUCAAGCCGAGCACCUGGCGAUAUCCGGCUCCAUGCAGCGUUGCGUGGAAUCUUCUUACUGGAAUUGGACAGUAUAAAAAUAUCGGUAUUUCCGGGUUGCAGACCUUGAUACUGGAGCGCUCUGGUAUCACGCCGUGGCAGUUGACGAUGCUCGUAAAGAAGAAUCCUAAUCUUACGGUGUUGAAGUUGAAAACCUGUCACGGUGCACAGCCAGAUUUCUUGAAUUGGCUGGGAGGCCUCGAAGAAGAUCCGGACGACCCGGCAGAAACAGUUAACGGUUAUGCACCGGGGUAUAGACUUGAGGUUUUCUGGUUGGAGAACUGCCACGAGAUCCUCACGCACCCCGUUGAUGAUUAUGAGGAUUUCCCGAAAGAAGCCUGUGAUAGUGGUCUUGAAUGGGUGAGAGGCUUGAGGAAUCUGAAAGUGAGUGUCAACUUCAUCCUCAUAAAUACUAGUUGCAAUAGGAAGCUAAUAGCACACAGUCCCUCUCUUUCAGCAAAUGCAUGA